CUGAGUUAGAUGGCAGUGUAGGCGUAACCUAUGUUUAACGAAGCAUCGCUUCGUAAUAUAGUGCAUAUACGGUGUAGUACGAUAAUAAUUUGUGAAAAAAUGGAACAGCUGAUUCGUAUUAAGUUAAAUCGUAUUUAUAAUAAAACUAUGUUAAUCGGAUAAAUGUAAUCAUUAAUUUUAAUUUAGAUCGUGUUAUUAAACGGUUAUUCUGAUCAUGGAUAUGUGGAUAUAUAAAUGAAAUUCUUUACGCUUUGAACUUUUAUUAAACUAUACACUGCAGUUUGAGUGUAAACAUGGCCGUCGUUAUGCAUUGUGAUGAUCAUUGGCUUCAAUUUAUAUCCACACACAAACACGUUUUACAGUACAAAUAUGGAAAUGAUGGGUGAAAGGCAUGUUUAAAAAGGACCAAGGUUGGUAGUUGAACUAUGAAUGUAUUGAGGAUUUUAACUCCAUGUGCAUUGCAAAGUAGAGAAACAAGGGAAACAAAUAGUGAUAAUAAAAGAGGUUGCUGGUUCAUGAGUGGAUGGGGAGAAGAUGCUUCUCAUAUGAUCCGUAGAAUGGGUGCAUCCGCAUCUUCAAGUGUUCCAAGCGUUGGUGGUGAUUCGGUUCAAGCAGCUAGGCUUUCGCCCUCUGGCAACUACGAUCAACAUGGACUUGCUAUUAGAGAAAGAAAAAAGAAAAUGACAGGAUUUGCUACACUGCGUAAAAAGUUUAUUAGAAAACGUCGUUCAUCUAAAGUAUGUGAUCACGGCAGGAUUUUUAGAGACAUGAUAUCGACAUGGAGCCAUUUAGAGACAAUAGCACUAUUAGAAGAAUACGAAGCCUUAGCUGCUUUAAAGGAUCUUCAUGUUCAAGCAGAAUUAGCCAGACCUCCAGCUGCUACAUUCAAACAAGAUCUAUCUUUACUGUACGAUUACAAGCAGUGUUCAGAUGCCGAUCUUGUUUAUCAAGGUGCAUGCUUUCCCAUUCAUAGGGCCAUAUUAUCCGCACGUUGUCCAUAUUUUAGGGAUUUAUUAGCAGGAUAUCCUGGUUAUGGUGCUCGAAUAUGUUUAGAUUUGAGAACACCUAAUUUAGAAGUUCAGACAUUUUCUGCUUUAUUGCGAUACCUGUACACUGGUGAUAUUUGUCCACAUGAUGCAACAUUUGGAACAAAUAUAUUACAACGACUUGGGGAAGAAUUUGGAUCAUUAAAUCCUUUAGAACAAGAUCUUAGAUAUUUACUUGAUACCGGUGAUUAUGCUGACGCUGCAUUAGUAUUUACAUCAGACAGCGAUUGUCAAAGACCAGACAGCGGCUGUUCUGAAUACGGAUUUCGACCGAAAUUAGAGCUACCAUGCCAUAAAGCAAUACUUUCUGCGAGAUCGCCAUUUUUUAGAAAUUUGAUACAAAGGCGUACCAAGUCCGGAGAAGAUCGUACGGAAAGAACGUUACAUAUACCUACUAGAAUUAUUUUGGAUGAAAGUGUAAUACCGAAAAGAUAUGCUAGAGUUUUGUUACAUGCUGUUUAUUUAGAUACCGUCGAUCUCUCAUUAAUACUGAGAGGCAAUGGUUGUGGAAAUAGUGCAGGUAGUCUUGGUGAGGUGCAAGCCUUAACUCAUACAGGGAGAAUGAGACCAAGUCCUUUAGAAGAAGCAAUGGAAUUAUAUCAAAUUGGUAGAUUUCUUGAGUUAGAUAUAUUAUCUCAAGGCUGUGAAGAUAUUAUUCUAGAUUGUCUGACAUUAGAAUCACUUCCAACAGUACUCAGAUGGGGUAGUCAACCCCAUGGAUCAGCAUGGGUUCAUAGACAAGCAUUACAUUAUCUAAGAGAAGAAUUUCAAUCAAUCGCUUCUUCGUCGAUUCUUCAUCAAUUGGAUCAUGCACAUCUAGUUAAUGUUUUGCAAAGUCAUUUUCUACAAGCAAGUGAGUUGGAAAUAUUACAGGCAGUUUUAAAAUGGGGCGAACAUGAAUUAGUUCGACGUAUGGAAGAUAGGGAACCAAAUUUAUUAAAUCAUACGGUACACUCUGUAACAAGAAAGGGAGUUAAAAAGAAAGAUCUUAGUGAUAUUGAAUUACGGGAAAUACUUAGUGAACUACUACCACUUGUCAGAAUUGACCAUAUCUUGCCACACAACAGUGAAGUAUUAACUCAGGCUAUCAGAAGAGGCUUGGUUUCUACUCCUCCUAGUCACAUGAUAGGAGAUGGAAGAGAUAGCUUAUAUACAAAUGCUUGGAUAAGAGGUGGAAAAAAGAAUGGGUUUUUUGUUAGACCAAGAUUAUUCAUGCCUUAUUAUGAAGAAAUUAAGUCUUUAGUCGAGGAACAGAUAGUUCAAGAUACAGAUCUUAUCAGAUUGCAAAGAACACGGUAUGUUGCGGAUAUACCAGAUGCAUUAUAUAUGGUUGAUGAAAAGCCAAGAACUAUGGGCACUGCUGGUGUAGAUGUACUUGCAGCUGCAUUUCCAGUUCCAGAUUCAUCAACAAUGGCUGCUAUGCUUAAACGGGAACAAAAAUUAAGGCAAUCUCCAAGUUGUCUACGAGCUAUAGAUUUACCUUUAUCUUCGCGAAGCGAAAUAAAUAGGCAGGUGCGUCUAAGAGUCGUUAGAGAGUUCAAUUUACCGGAUGCGGUAGCGGAUAUCUUAGAAAACACUGCGUCUUUUAUGAAACAGCAAGAUAGUAAUAUGACUGGAAUCGAAGAUAUUAAUUCGCCGGAUAUGGAUAUUAAUGCGAGAACUUCCGCACCUUCGUAUUACGGAAGAAAUAUGACAUUUCCUCGGCCGGCUUCAUCUUACGCUGAUAGGCACGAACUUCCGGCCGUAGUUAUUGAAGGAGAGAAUAACAGACUUCUUGUAGAGCAACAAGAAAAUAGCUCAUGCAGCGAUGGUCAUUUAUCCGGAGUAAUGCCAGAUGUAGCAAUGGCUACUGCAUCGUUUGGAGCAUUACAAUUGAUGGAACAUCAAGAAUUAGAUCUUGGCGAUGGAACGUCACAUAUUCUACAACAUAUUUCACCUUCGACCGGAACAGUAGGUCUAAAUCGUUCUUCGCUUCCUCGUCAACAUCAAGGACAUAUUUCCGCCCCACCUCCUCUGCCAUACGCGUACCAACGUACCGUCACUGCCUUACCGAGGUUUAUUUAACAUUUAUAUACAAUAUGAAAGAAAUGGAAAGAAUCCGUUUAAGAAAAGAGAGAAGACAAAUAUAUCUUCUUCUUUGCGAUACGGCACGGCGUAUCAAAAAACAAAAAAAAACCGUCUUGUUAUUGCGGGUACAAAUCUAUUGCAAGAAAAGGAAAGAAAACAAGAAAGGGAGAAAAAAAGAAA